ACCUGUUUGUCUGCAGACGCCUUGUUUAUAACUUUGCAAACUAAAAACGUGUUGACCAUUUUCUAAAUCAUAUUUUAUCAAAAUAUGAACGUGUUUAUUAAAUAUUUUGUGUCUGUUUUGUGUGUGAAAUGUGUUUUUGGCUUGAACGAAGGGGAUCCCUGCAUGGCCAACAAUGACGCUGGCGUGUGCAAGAUAUUAGAGGACUGUGACUACGCCGUCAAGCUGUUGACUAUUGACGAAAAGAAACCCCCAAUGUGCAGAUGGAAAGGCAGCACCAGAAUCGUGUGCUGCCCCCUUCAGGACCGCUCGUACAACGUCGGGGCAUUUCGGAGCUACUUCGGGGGCUCGAAUAACGGGGUACUUCGGUCGCAGGACAUGACAUGCCGGUACGACGGGAGCCUGCCCAUCCUCUGCUGCCAGAACGUGGCCGAAGCCCCUCCCCCCGCGGAACCAGUUGGCUGCCCCCCCUUGCAACUGCCAACGGGGGACAAAAACGACAUCGCUUUUAAAAAAUGCCUAGAAUACCAACGCUAUGUGAAUGUGUGCGUCUCCAGCGACUCGAACCCGGACUCGUACGUGAGAGAGGACACGUGUGGCGUUGAGUCAUUCGGCGAUAGGAUCACUGGAGGGACGCCGGCGCAGCGCAACGAAUUUCCACACAUGGCGCUGUUAGGCUGCAGAAAUACUGUGAACACCGGACUGGGACCCGUGGUGUGGGUGGCCGGGGGGUCACUUAUUAGUGACAGAUUCAUCUUGACCGCGGGACAUGUACUCUCACAUAGAGACUAUGGCCUCCUCCGCUACGCGUUGCUCGGAGCCACCAACAAGUCAGAAGCCCGGGAUGGUCUGCUGUUCAACAUCAUUAGAUUCAUACCGCACAAGCUGUACCAGAAGAAUGAGAAGAAACACGACAUCGCCCUGCUAGAACUUGAUAGAAGGGUAGAGUUCUCGGAGUUCAUUCGGCCCGCGUGUCUACCUUCCCCAGCUAUACCUAUAACUACGGACCGGAUCCUAGCCGGGUGGGGCAAGACCGGAGAACUGGGUAACAGCGAGUCAGAAAUACUUAUGAAGGUGACGGUUCCCGAAUUUGACUACGAAUCUUACUGCAAGCCAUUCUUCUCGCAAACAGCAGAUAAUUUAUUUGACAAGGAGACCAUGUUGUGUGCUGCAGGCGGUAAAGAUGACAAUAAGGACUCUUGUCAGGGCGACAGCGGCGGGCCUAUGAUGACUUAUGCCCGCGAUAUACACUGCUCGUACGUGGUGCGCGGUAUCGUAUCGUUUGGGCCGCGUUGUGGCGCCGGCGUGCCUGGAGUCUAUACUAAUGUGCAGUAUUAUAUGUCGUGGAUACAGAGUGUCGUGUGGCCGAAAUAACUGCCAGUGUCGUAUAAAUAGUUUAAUAGUACAGUCGCCAUCAGAUAUAUCGGAGCGACCAAGGUGUUCACAAUAUCUGAACACGCAUUCUAACGCGCUGACAAUAGAGGCGUGUCCAGAUAUUUGUGAGCACCUUGGCCGCUCCGAUAUAUCUGAUGGCGACUGUACAAUAGCCUCCUAAAGCCCAGUCAUACGAAUGAACAAUCCAGAAUAUGCCACUGAAAUUUGAACCUUUAGUGCGGGGAAUAGAGUUGAUUUUGGUUUUGUUUGGAAAUUGAACAAAACAAAUGCGAGUCUAUUCCAAUUCAAAAUUCAAAUUCAAAAUUAUUUAUUUCAUGUGAUUUACACACAUAGCUAUACACAACAAUAAACAUACAAUAAUUACACAUAUACACAUCAAAAUUGACAAAUAGAUAUAAUACAGUGGUAGCCAAACUCUUAAUUUUUGCUACCACUGUAUCACACUUGUAGAGGAAUAUGAUUAAAAAUAAAAAAACCAAUUGAAAAAAAAAACAAUUAAAUAGCCAAUUGAAUAUGAUUUAAAUUUCAUCCAACUGAAUAAGUACUAUAGGUAGGACCUUGGGCCUUAAGAGGAUAGUACAAGUAUAUAGCAAUACUCAUGUAUACGUACGAAUAAAUCGUGUUUCAAAGAAA